AUGACAGCUCUGGAUGGACUUGACGAUGCAGUUGGCGAGACACACACAGCUGACAGGUCUGCUAGGGCUGAGAAGAAGGAUAUCUUCUCAGCUGAGGAAAUCUUCUUUAUCUGGCCCAACUUUCACCACCGCCACCAGCACCACCACCACCAGAGCUCAGAAUGGACCAGCAGCAGCCGCAAAGAGCCCAACAGCAGCAACAUCCACCAGGAGCCCAACAGCAGCAACAUCCACAAGGAGCCCAACAGCUGCAACAGCCACAAGGAGCUCAACAGCACCAGCAGCCGCAAGAACUCCAACAGCAGCAGCCGCAAGGAGAUGAACAGCAUCAGCAGCCGCAAGGAGCUCAACAGCAAUAGCAGCAGCCACAAGAAGUCCAACAACAGCAGCAGCCGCAAGGAGCGCAACAGCAGCAGCCGCAAGAACCCCAACAGCAAGAAAAUCAACAUCGUCGUGGGGGCAAUGGAAGAGGGAAUAGAGGAAGUCGGGGAGUUCAGAGGGAACGCAGGAUUCCAAGGCGGCAGAGGUGGAAACGGCAGGUCCGGAUGGAAUCAGAGCGGUGGAGGGAACGAAGGGAACAAUGGAAAUGGACAAGGCAGGGAGAAUUAUGGGAAACAGAGAGCUAGGAAGAAUCUCGACGACUGUAAUAGUCGAUGUCCUCGUCAGAGACAAUCUGAUAUUACAUCUGAGAACGGGAACGCUGGCACAUUACGGCUAAAAUCAGAUGAUAGAGAUGCCUUUGCUGAUAUGGUAAACAUUGAUGCAGCCGAUGACGUUGAUCUUCGUGAAUUGAGCCAUUCUAAAACAAAUAUCAUAAACACUGUUCAUGUGAAGAACGAGAAAGUCACAUAUCCGGAGAAUCGCUAA